AUGAUAAAUCCUGAUAAGAUGACUGUUCACUGUAUUAUUCACAGAGAGAGUUUGGCGGCUGCUAGGCUUAGUCCUACGUUGGAUGAAUUAAUGAAGAAGGUAAUAAAAGUGGUAAAUCUGAUAACAGCACAUCGAAAGACUGAAACACUGUUCAAAGAAUUCUGUAAGGACAUGAAUGAAAACUAUAUGAGACUGCUCCUCCAUACCCAUGUACGAUGGCUAUCAAAAGGCAACUGUCUGGAAAGGUUUAUUGCCCUGCAUGAUACUUUGUUGGACUUUGGUAGAGAUCGUGAGGACUUCCAGUUCAUGAAAUCCAUUGAAGCCAAGGCCAUGAUUUCAUAUCUUGCUGAUAUUUUUGGUAAAUUAAAUGCAUUAAAUAAGGAACUGCAAGGUGAGCAGAAGACUCUCAUGGAUUGCAAAACCAAAAUGUUUGGUUUCAUCAGUAAACUGGGUUUUUUGAAGGCCCAUGUCUUGAGAAAUAACCUCUCUCACUUCCCACAUCUCAGUAAAUGUGUUCCAUCACAAAAUGUCUUACAAAUUAUCUCAGAAAACCUCUCCAACCUCCAUGAUGACCUGAGCGACAGAUUCUUUGAUCUGAAGCAGAUAAACUUCCCUUCUUGGGUUGCUCAGCCAUUUCUCUUUACGUGGGAAAAUAAUGACUGCCUGGCUAAAAUGGAGUCUGAUUAG